GCGAUUCUGUGUCGUUACAACGAAGAGAGUCGGAAACACGCAGCCUUAAGCCUCAGCAAGGAGCACAACCCCACCCAGUACGAGGAGCGCAUGCGGAUACAGAAAGCUGGGGGAAACGUCAGGGACGGAAGAGUCCUGGGAGUGCUGGAGGUUUCCCGCUCCAUUGGGGAUGGCCAGUACAAGCGCUGUGGUGUUAUCUCCGUGCCAGAUAUCAAACGCUGCCAACUCACGCACAAUGACAGGUUCAUUCUGAUAGCAUGUGAUGGCCUCUUUAAAGUCUUUACACCAGAAGAAGCCGUGAACUUCAUUGUGUCCUGCCUGGAGGAUAAGAACAUCCAGACGAGAGAAGGGAAGCUGGAAGCAGAUGCCAGGUAUGAAGCUGCGUGUAACAGACUGGCCAACAAGGCAGUGCAGCGGGGCUCGGCCGACAACGUCACGGUCAUGGUGGUCCGGAUAGAGCACUGAGAGAUGAGGUGCGGCAGCGGGAUCCUCAGCUGGCGGCAGGUGUAAGCGAAGGGAGGAGACAGCCUGUGUGCAUGUGUGGCCGGGAGGGGAGGGUCCUGCUGGAUGCUCUUC